AUGGCCUCAAACUCGAGAAUUAUCGACCUUGCCCGGAGCGUCACCGAGCAUCCGGCCGUUGUCGACGACUACUUACAAGAGAAUGGACUAUCGGAGCUUGUGGCCCACACUCUGACGUCGGCAUUGCUUGUCCGCUUGCCCCCCGUCAAGGAUCUCGUCGCGUACGGCGUGCUUGAUAUGUUGCCCGCGGGCAUGAGGCUGGGGGAUGCCUUGCAGCGGUUUCCCGGCAGCCUAGAUCCCAAGGAUACGGGCGCCGCCCUGGCCAACUUGAACUGCGACCAUGCGUUCGUGGACGCUGUCGCAGAGGACGGGGACGUCGCGAUAGCACUGUUGCGGCGGAAGACCCUAUGGCAGAUCCAUUCGCAAGAGCCCAAAGUCGUAAGCCGGUUCCACGCUGCCAUGGCGCACGAAUCCACCAUCGAGAACACCUUGCUAGACGAGUUCUUCGGCGAGAUCCGGACCGAAGGACAAACGAUGGUGGAUAUUGGCGGCGGAAGAGGAGCAAUAGCCGUUCAAGCGGCCAGAAGAGCCCUUGCUGCGCCCUUUAUAGUACAGGAUUUGGGAGAGAACUGCGAGAAGUGA